AUGUCGCAACGCACGCUUCUGCCGAUGCGUCUGUCCCGGCCGGUCGUGCUGGUCGCGGCGGCGCUGGAGACUCUCGCGCUCAGGUGGUGGAAUGGCUCAAGCGAUGGGAAGGUGAAGCUCUCAUCGCUCGCGCUGUCAUUCGGGCUCUUCGUCAUCGGCAACUUCGUCGUCUGCGUUCUCUACUUUACAUUCAUCUAUCCGUUCUACGUAUCGCCCACGCGAAACCUGCCGACGGCCGCCGACCGCCACUGGCUCCUCGGCCACAUGCUGCAGCUCUGGAGUGCGCCGGGCGGUCGAUGCUCCCGGACCUGGAAUAAAGAGGUCGAGCACGAUGGGCUAUUGCGCUUCUUCAUGCCGUUCAACAUCGAGCGGCUCCUCGCCAUCUCCCCCCAGGCCGUGGCCGACAUCACGGUUCACAACGCCUACGACUGGGAGAAGGAGAGCGUCGUGCGCAGCGCGCUCAGCACCGUCACCGGCGUCGGCCUCAUCACGUCCGAGGGCGACGAGCACCAGCGCCAGCGCCGCCACAUGCAGCCCGCCUUUGCCUUUCGCCUCGUCAAGAACUUGUACCCGGUGUUCUGGGACAAGUCGCGCGAGGUCGUCCAGGCCCUCACCAAGAGGGUCCGCGGCGGCGAGGCUCAGAUGUACGUCACGCCCUGGGCGUCGCGCGUGACGCUGGACAUUAUCGGCAUGGCCACCAUGGGCCACGACUUCUCCGCCGUGCGCGACCCGGACAACAAGCUCGUCGCGCAGUACACGCGCGUUUUCGAGGACCAGUCGCUGCUGCGCAUCUUUCUCGCGCUCGGAAAGCUGAUGCCGCAGUGGAUGAUUUUCAAGCUGCCGGUGAAGCGCAUCCGCCGGUUUGACGACGCCAUGGACGCCAUCCGCCGCGUCUGCCAGGAGCUCAUCGAAGAGAAGCGUGCCAAGCUCCGCGAGCAGGAAAAGGACAAGACCAUCGAGCCCGACGUCGACAUCCUGUCCACUGCGAUCCAGAGCGAGCAGUUUACCGACGAGGGGCUGCAGAACCAGCUCAUGACCUUCUUCGCCGCCGGCCACGAGACCACGUCCGCGUCGCUGACGUGGGCCAUUUACGCCCUCUGCCUCAACCCGGCGAUGCAGACGCGGCUGCGCGCCGAGGUGCGCGCGCACCUGCCGUCCGUCGACGACGACGACGCCCCCGCGCCCACCAGCGUCGAGAUUGACCGCCUGGUGUUCCUCAACGCCGUCGUCAACGAGACGCUGCGCGUGUACCCGGCGGUGCCGGUGACGGGGCGCUUCGCCGUAAAGGACACGAUGGUCAUGGGCAUGCCCGUCGCGCGCGGCACCCAGGUCGCCAUCCCGCAGUGGGCCAUCAACGCCGACAAGGGGCUCUGGGGGGACGACGCCGAGGCGUUCAACCCGGACCGCUGGAUCGACGUGCGCGACGACGGCGUCGCCACGCUCAACAAGACGGGCGGCGCGAAGAGCAACUACGCCAUGAUGACGUUUCUGCACGGCCCGCGCAACUGCAUCGGCGCCGGCUUUGCCAAGGGCGAGUUUGCGUGCCUGCUGGCCGCGUGGAUUGGCCGCUUCGAGUUUGAGCUGGUGGACAAGACGCUCAUGGACCCGGAAAAGCUCAAGAUUGGGGGCGGCGUGACGAUUAAGCCCAAGGACGGGCUGCAUGUGAUUGCGAGGGAGGUGCCUGGAUACUAG